GCCUUUAAGGCGGACGCUUUAGCGGCCACGUUUCUAGGUUGAACCUUUAGCCCCUCACCCGCCUGGAGGCCGCUGCCGAGCUGUGCUCCCCGUGGGCAAACGCCCGAAUGGUUCUGAACAGCCCAGCUCAACACGGGCCGCCCCGAUCCCGGCUGCGGCAAGCCGCGCCCCGCACGGCGGGGCAGGCUGUGGGCUCGGCCUCCGGCAGCACUGCCGCCAUUACCAUCCUAAUACGCCAGCAGACCCACCCGGCUCCGGCCCCAUUCUGGAGAGGGCCGCCCCUCAGCACCCCCACGGCCGGGAAGGCCGAGGAAGACAGGGCAGUAGCGCGCCCCAACGCCGGCAGGCCCCGCCCGCCGCCCCCCGGCCCCGCACCUUGGCUCCGCCUGCCGUCGCUCUCCAUCGUUACCCCCAUGCUCUCGGGCGAGCCCAACUCUCGGUUCAAGGCGGCAGCGGCUCUAUCUCCACAGCGGCCAGGCGGGGCGGGGCGCUGAGUCUGGCUCGGCGCGACGUGGCCUGGCCCGGCGGCCUCUGCUGUUGCCAUGGCGUCGGAAGCGUCGCGCCAGGCGGCCGGGCGGGCAGGGCCAGGCCAGGCCGCGGCCUCGGGGAUGGCUUUUCUCCGGCCCUGCUCACAGCAUGGGAUCUCCCUGCAGAAACCCCCGCCUCUGGGAAGCAGCGCUGUUGGGCGCCCUCAGUCCCCGGGCUCGGCCCUCUCCCGGGCCUGGGGCUCCCAUCCACAUCGCACUGCUCUCAGUUUUUCCACGUGCGGUGCCGUAACUUAUGUAACAUGAGCUGGAUAAAGGUGAAUCACUGCUGGCAGAGGCCUCUUUAAGCUAUGUGUUACACUCUAAAGUUUUGCUUCCUCGGUGGAAUCCACAAUAUUAUUUAAACUUGCUUGCAACCUGACUGAAAGUAAAAAAAAAUAAUUGGUGCCAGUGAAUGUUUUAAGCAAAAUGACUCAUGUUUGAGAGGAGAGAAUGGCAAGUAGAGAAGCUGGAGUAUUCCCAGUGUGUUACAGUGAAGAAAUUCAUUCUUUCAGAAGAGCAGUUCUGUAGAAAUGAACCACAACAGGAAAUUUUGAAAAGCAGUAUUUGAUCGCCUCACAGAUCUUUGACCACUGCUUUUCAAGACAGAGAAUUACUGGAGUAAGAAAAAUGAAGUUGACAUACUGCGAUACAUUAACAGUGGCUGUUCCCUCACCAGUGCCAGCUUGUGAACCCGAACCCAAAACAAACGGGCAUUACGCAUCUCCACGGCUCUCUGUUUCCUCCCGAGCAAUGGUUGUUGCUACCAUGGAAGCACCUUCUCAGGGCCUGCAGACAGUCAUGAAGUGGAAAACUGUGGUGGCCAUCUUUGUCGUGGUUGUGGUAUACCUGGUGGCUGGAGGACUUGUCUUCCGUGCCCUGGAGCAGCCCUUUGAGAGUAGGCAGAAGAAUACCAUCGCGCUGGAGAAGGCAGACUUUCUUCGGGAACAUGUUUGUGUAACCCAGCUAGAGCUGGAGACGCUGAUUCAGCAUGCUAUUGAUGCGGAUAAUGCAGGAGUCAGUCCCAUAGGAAAUUCCUCUAACAACAGCAGUCAUUGGGACCUUGGAAGUGCCUUUUUCUUUGCUGGAACAGUCAUCACAACAAUAGGGUAUGGAAACAUUGCCCCAAGCACUGUUGGCGGCAAGAUAUUCUGCAUCUUGUAUGCCAUCUUUGGCAUUCCUCUGUUUGGCUUCUUGCUGGCUGGAAUUGGAGACCAACUUGGAACAAUCUUCGGGAAGAGUAUCGCAAGGGUGGAAAAAGUUUUCAGAAAAAAACAAGUGAGCCAAACAAAGAUCCGGGUGAUCUCUACCAUCCUCUUCAUCCUGGCUGGCUGCAUUGUCUUUGUGACCAUUCCUGCUGUUAUCUUCAAACACAUCGAGGGAUGGACAGCCUUGGAGUCCAUCUACUUUGUGGUUGUCACUCUGACUACAGUUGGUUUUGGUGACUUUGUAGCAGGAGGAAAUGCUGACAUCCAUUAUCGGGAGUGGUAUAAACCUUUAGUGUGGUUCUGGAUCCUUGUUGGCCUUGCCUAUUUUGCUGCUGUUUUGAGUAUGAUUGGAGACUGGUUAAGGGUCCUGUCCAAGAAGACAAAAGAAGAGGUUGGAGAAAUAAAAGCUCAUGCAGCUGAGUGGAAAGCAAACGUGACAGCUGAGUUCAGGGAGACACGGCGUCGGCUCAGCGUGGAGAUACAUGACAAACUUCAGAGGGCAGCCACCAUCCGGAGCAUGGAGCGCCGACGCCUGGGCCUGGACCAGCGAGCCCACUCCUUGGACAUGCUGUCUCCAGAGAAGCGUUCAGUCUUUACUGCCUUGGAAACAGGACGCUUCAAGGCCUCAUCUCAGGAAAGCAUCAACAACAGGCCUAACAACCUACGCCUUAAAGGGUCCGAUCAACUCCACAAGCAUGGGCAAGGGGCAUCUGAGGACAACAUCAUUAACAAAUUUGGAUCAUCUGCUAAGAUGACCAAAAGGAAAAACAAAGACCUCAAAAAGACCAUCCCUGAGGAUGUGCGUAAAAUUUAUGAGACCUUCCGAAACUACUCCUUGGAUGAAGAAAAAAAGGAAGAAGAGACUGAGAAGAUGUGUAAUUCUGAGAACUCUUCUAGCACUGCAGUCCUGACCAACUGCAUCCAGCAGCACUCAGACCUGGAGAAUGGAGUGAUCCCCACUGAAACCAAAGAAAGGGAACAUGAAAACAAAGCGUUACUUGAAGACAGAAAUUAAAUGUAAAAGAUGCUUGACUUGAAUUAACAAUGUUAGUGUUUUUAUAUACAUAUAUAUAUAUUGAGACACGUGCCUUAUACAGACUCCUUAUUCAGUCUGAAUUAUAUAGCAUCGAGGAAUAUUUCACUGUGCCAUAAAGACUCAAGCUUGCUCUGCCAAAACAAAUCAGGAACACAGCACUGAAGAAUGGCAACAGAAAGCUACGCACAUGGAAAUUUCAGCCUGUAUUAGAUUACCAGGGCAAGACACAAAGGAAGAGACUGAACUAUGGCAAUGCCAGCAGAGUGCUAUGACCACGGCAUAAUAUUGACAAAGGGUAGCUACGUAAGAAGAGCUUUUGAAAGGGAUGAAAAGGAGCGUAUCUUUAUAAUGGAGUAUGUAUUCAUUAAGCCUUUCCCUGGUGAUUAAAAAGAGGAGAAAUGAUUGGAGCGAACUAGAAACUUUCAGUAAGGCUUAGUUUACGUUUUGGCACGUGAUCCAAGCUAGAUUUUUUUUUCCAUUUUUGAACCAGAUGCAUUAUCUUUCUAAACUCCAGAAGAAUGUCAAUGGACAAAGCCACCAGCUGGAUGCUGGUUUGAAAAAUCAACACGGACAUAUUUAAGGGUCAGAUUACUUUUUUCAUUAAAAAAGGAAAAAUACAAAACAAACAACUCUGUGGGUAUUUAUCUUAACCAGUGAUGCAGUGAUUAAAAAAAAAAAAAAAAGGAAAAGGAAAGAAAAGAAAAGAAACAAAUGGAUCUUUUUCUCCAUUAGGAAAUGUUCAAUGUAAACUCAUGGCAUAUGAAGGAAUUGCAGCAUCUAUAGCUACGUUGCUUAAAAGAAGAGAAAUAUUAAUUUAAUGAUAUUUGGCUAGGUGUAUAAAACAAUGGGCCAACUGCUUUUUUUAAAAACAAAUUUCUCUUUCACACUUUCUACCACUGAAAUAAACUUCAAUUUUAAUGCUGUAAGACUACGAAGACAGAAGGAAAGCUAUAGCUUUUGCAUGUCAGCAAACUGCUGUUCUCUGUAGCUGAAUCUGAAUUUUUAAAAAUAGACAUUAGAGCGUAUACAUUAUUCAAAUGAGGGCCAGGGAAACCAUAGAAUCUCAGGGCUCUAUGCCCCCUUUGCUAGGGUUGGGUUUAGACAUGAGCUGCAGGCGUAAUCUCAAAAAAAAAAAAAAAAAAAAAAAAAAAAAAAAAAAAAAAAGGAAAAAUAAAGAAGAAAUUUAGGAAAAGAAGUUGAGAAAAAUAUGGUGGUAAUCUUUUAAGUGCUUAGAGCUUUAAGUGCCAUUAAUGCUGUCAUGUUUUGUAACUUUUUAAACAAGCAUUUUGAGUUAUUUGUUUUAUUUCCUUCCAGGUAUAAUUUUGUUUGACAUUUGCUAUCUCUUUAAACACAAGCACUCUGCAUUCCUAAACAAAAGUGAAAUGUGGGCAUUUAAAAAAAAAAUCAUUUGUGCUGCCUGAACAUAUAUGAGGAACACAAAUGUCCAUAGACUUCAUAGUAAUUAUUCAAACAAAAGGCUGCAAAAUAACUGAUAGGAAUUACCAAAAAACCACUUAAUAUUGGUAGUCUUAGCCUGUGGGCUACUGUGUUUGCCACUGCAGAUAGAUGAUUUUGCAUGCUGGAAAUGAAAUACAUGAUUGCACCAGCAAUGCUUCCCCUGAGCCUUCUCCAAGUCCUAAAUAGUCCUGCAAUUUAAGCUGUAGGUUUAUAGGUAUAAGGGUAUCUAAGGGUAAGAACUAUUAGUCACAGAUACAGACACUGGCAGGUCAUACAGACACAGACUUUUGAAAUUGCAUGCCCAUAUCUGAAUACGCAAAAUGCAUGCUCCAUUUUCUGUGGUAGUUCCUGGGAUUCUGUGCAUAAUGAAUCACCUCAAAAUCCAACUGGCCACCUGAAUAUGACCGCCAUAGCUGUGAAUAGAAGCAUGGCAAUGUAAAUGCAAAUUCUGAGUAUGCAUAUUUGUAUAUCUGAUUGGCUCUUCACCGUUUGCAGGAGGAGCCAAGUAUCACAAGUGCAGGGGAGGAAAGGAGUUCUUAGUAUGUUCUGUCUGCUGUUUUACUUCACUUGAAAUAUCAUCUUCGUAAUUCCAUUAUCUGUCUGAACAUUAAGGAAAAAAAACAAUAUUUGAAAAUUUUCAAGUCAUUUAGGAUUGCUUUAACUCGAUAAGAUUCAACAGAAAUUGCAUUCUGCUUAGGUCACUGAUUAAUCUCUUAGAGUGUAGAGCUGUGUUCUGGCUUCAGCUUGCUGGAGGCAGGACAGUGAGCCUGGUCUGCUGGAAAGUUUCGGUUGUCUCCACAGCUGCCCUUGCUGAUGGAGGCUUUGAUGCCACAUGACGUUAUGCUCUGCUUCGCUGUGACAUGGACAGCAGCUCGCGGCCACCGUUGCAUCCUGUCCUCCUCAGGCUGCAAGCAGGGCCAGCAGGAAGCAGGUCUGUUCAGUGUAGGAAUCCUCUGGGUCUCCUGGCACUCCUGGGUUUGGGUGGACCUGGGUGAAAUAGCGUCUCCACCACCACAUGCAAGCAAAUCAUAGAAUCAUAGAAUGAGAAUCAUUUAGGUUGGAAGAGACCUCUAAUGAUCAUCAAGUCCAAUCAUUAACCUAGCACUGCCAAAUUACCACUGAACCGUGUCCCUAAACACCAUAUCUACAAGUCUUUUAAAUACCUCCAGGGAUGGUGGCUCAACUACUCUCCGAGGCAGCCUGUUUUAAUACUUCACAACCCCUUCUGUGAAGAAAUUUUUCCUAAUAUUCAACCUAAACCUCCCCUGGCAUGAGUUGAGGCCAUUCCCUCUUGUCCUGUCACUUGUUUGGGAGAAGAGACUGAUGUCCACCUCAAUACAACCUCCU